GUUCCUACAUAUUACAUGCAAUAUAUCAAGUUAGCUACCCUUACAACACCAUUUUUCAUCAUUUUAUUUCAUAAUUUUGUUCUUUUUUUUUCAUAACAAAAAUAUAAUCAAAAUCAUAAGUAUGACAUUUUUGGAAGUGGGAAAAUAGCAAAUAGUAGCAAAUGAGGGAUAUGAAUCGCAAUGACGUAUAUAUCAUCAUGUUUAGAUACAAAGCACAGUAGUUGAAGAAAAAAAAAAAAGAACAAUUUCAUUUCAAUUUCAAUUUCAUUUCCAUUUUCAUUUUUUCCUUAUUUCGAUGGAGGAAAAACGUCCUCCAUCCGCCGUCGAUGCACCGGCAUCAGAACCACCACCAUCUCGCCGCCGUGCCGGAGGUAACAAGAGAAAAUCCGGCUCACUCAACGCCUCCAAUUCCUCUUCAACUUCCUCCAAACGCAUUACUCGCGAGAAAGCUUCACCUCUUCACCAUCCUCCUCCUCAUAACGGUCCUUUAACUAGGGCUCGUCAAAUCCCUAACAAUUCCUCAACCGCAUCUACUUCCACCGUCGUCGGUUCCGCUUCUGCUCCCGCCGCUGUUAAACAUGCUCCUCAGACACAGGCUUUGGCUGUGGCGGCGGAGCAGCUUAAGAAGGAGAACGAGUGGGAGUCUCUUGAAGCUGUAAUUGAGGCUGAAUUCAAAGCUAUUAGAUCUCGUGAUGCUAACGCUCAUGUUGUUCCUACUCAUUGUGGUUGGUUUUCAUGGAUGAAUAUCCAUUCAAUUGAGAAACGUAUGAUGCCUUCUUUCUUUGAUGAAAAAACUGAAAAUCGAACUCCUGAUAAAUACAUGAAGAUACGGAAUUGGAUAAUGAAGAAGUUUCAUUCAAAUCCAAACAUUCAAAUCGAAUUGAAAGAUUUAUCAGAGCUUGACAUUGGGGAUUUGGAUGCCAGGCAAGAGAUAAUGGAAUUUCUUGACUAUUGGGGUUUAAUUAACUUCCACCCAUUCCCUUCAACGGAUUCUGCUGUGGCCAGCACCAGCGAUGAUGGGGAAGCAGAAAAGAAAUCCUUGCUUGAAAAAUUCUAUCACUUUGAUAGUCUCCAAUUAUGCCCGCCUGCUAUUCAGAAGACUAGCUUAAUGACUCCUGUUAUGACCUCUGGCUUGUUUCCAGAGUCAGCGAUUGCUGAAGAGUUGGUGAAACAAGAGGGCCCAGCAGUUGAGAUGCUCGAGUACCAUUGCAAUUCCUGUUCUGGUGAUUGUUCUCGCAAACGCUACCACUGCCAGAAGCAGGCAGAUUUUGAUCUAUGUACGGACUGCUUCAAUAAUAGAAAAUUUGGCUCCGGCAUGUCUUCAUUGGAUUUUAUACUCAUGGAACCAGCUGAAGCUGCAGGGGUUAGUAGUGGAAAGUGGACGGAUCAGGAGACACUUCUGCUCCUUGAAGCAUUAGAGCUUUAUAAAGAAAAUUGGAAUGAAAUUGCAGAGCAUGUUGGAACAAAAUCUAAAGCUCAGUGCAUAUUGCACUUUGUUCAAAUGCCAAUUAUGGAUGCCUUUGUGGACUGUGAUGAUGAUGUUGUUGCUGGUUCCAAAGAAACUGCAGAUCCAGCUGCAACAAACAACAAUUUGUCUAUAGAUGAAGACAAAGAUAAAAAAGAUGAAGGCAAAGAUAAAAAAGAUGAAGACGAAGAUAAAAAAGAUGAAGACAAAGAUAAAAAAGAUAAAGAUAAAGAUGCUUCAGAAAUUAUUGAGAACGACACUAGUGAUAGCAUCAAAGGCCAUGAUGAAACUUCUCAGGCUGAAGAUGUUAAAGUGAAAGAUAAUCAAGAGGAAACUCCAAAGUUACCUGAUGGUAGUGACGAGAAAACUAGCGAGGAAACUACUAAAUUAGAUGAUAUUAAAGCAAAAUUGGGUGAGGAAGUAGGUGAUGACUGUGUAUUAAAUGCGCUUAAGGAAGCAUUUGCAGCUGUUGGUUAUUCUCCUGAACCUGAAGGCCCGUCGUCAUUUGCUGAAGUGGGUAAUCCUGUCAUGGCAUUGGCAGCUUUCCUUUCACAGUUGGUGGGUUCUGAUGUGGCUGUUGCUUCAGCUCAUAACUACAUAAAAUCCUUGUCUGGAAAUACUCCUGGCACUGAGAUUGCUUCAAGGUGUUGCUUUCUUCUAGAAGAUCCACCAGAUGAUAAGAAGGAAACGACUACUUCUGAGAGGGAUUUUAAAAGAGAAGAUCAGACUGACAAGAGUGUACAACAGGAUACAGCAAUGUUAGAUGAUAAAGAUUUAGAAAACGAUCCCCAGAAAACAAAAAUUGCCGGUGAUGCUUCAGAAGACAAGAUACAUCUGGCUUCUACAGAUGGUGGAAUCUCAGAAAAAUCAAUUUCUUCGAAGGGGCAGGAAAUGAUUAAUCAUGACUGUGAGCUUGACAAUGGUAAUGAUCCCAGCAUUUCAAUGGCACCCAAAGAUCAAGCUCAGGGUACUCUGCAUAAUAUAGGUGGUUCAACAUCCAAAGCUGAGGAGGUUCAAAAGGAAACUUCAAAAGAAGAACCUUGCCAUCCUAUAGAGGAACAAAAAGAAGGAAGUGUGUCUGAUUCUCAUCCAUCAGAAAAGAAUGGACUUCAACAGUCAAUUAAAUCCAAUUUACCAGUUGAGCUGCCAAAGCCAGUAGAGACACCCAAAUAUGAUGAAAUGGCGUCUGAUUCUAUGCCCUCAGAUAAGAGCAAGCCUCAAAAACAGUCAUCUACAAAUGCAGUCUCUGAGUCUCAGAAAACUACAGACUCUGCAAUGGAUGUUGAUGUAGUUUCUAAUUCCUUGCCAUCAAAGAUUGACUCCCAGCCACCAAUAUCUUCCCAAGAUAAUGGGACACAAAAGGAUGUUGAUAUGGUGUCCCCUUCACAGCCAAUUAGAUCAAAUUUGGGUGCUGAAAAUGGUGCAAGUGCAGGGGAAGUUGAAGAUCAUGCAAGAAAUGGUAAGGAAGUGAAGAAUGACGGUACAAAGACUAAACAGGACAGUAGCGUUGAGAAAUUGAAACGUGCAGCUGUUUCUACACUAGCGGCGGCAGCAGUGAAGGCAAAACUUCUAGCAAAUCAAGAAGAAGAUCAAAUCCGACAACUUACUUCAUUAUUGAUAGAAAAGCAGCUAUACAAGUUGGAAGCGAAGUUGGCUUUUUUCAAUGAUAUGGAAAAUGUGGUGAUGAGAGUAAAGGAGCUUUUAGAGCGGUCGCGGCAUAAGCUUUAUCAUGAACGUGCUCUGAUAAUUGCCUCCCGCCUUGGUGUACCGGGAGGGUCCAGAGGUAUACCACCAUCCAUAGUCGAUAAAGCUAUGAAUUACACAAAUUCACUCCCAAGACCACAAAUCACCAUGAAUCCCCAAGGGCCACUGAUUUCUAGACCUGUGAGCACCACAGGUACUACCCUUCCAAACCCAUUAAUGUCUGCAACUGCAGCAGGAAGUUCAGUUCGGCCAUCCAGCCAAGAAAACCUUUCUUCUGUUGGGACAAAAUAAUAUGAAGUAGAUAUGGAAAAAGUUCAUGCCUUCUUAUUUAUGGAUCACCUGCCAUCGUUUUGACAAUGUCAAGUGCUGGUUAGGACUAACUUCAACUGACAAGAAAUGGGAAUCGUGACCAGUUAUUGCACUGGAAGCUAAUCUUUACCCGUAGUAAGAAGCAGCCAGAUAUGAGAGGACGAAAUUCUACUGAUAUAUUUAUGAUUGCAGAGCAAUUGGUUUUCUUAAAUUUUUGAGGUUGUUUAACUUGAAACUAGUAAAUAGUUGUGCAAAAUGUAUGUUUGCAGUCCUGAAAUAUGUUCAUCCAGCCCCAAAUCCCCACCCUUGCUGGACAUUUCAGCAGUCUUUAAAAGUAUAUGUUUAUCGAUGUCAUAUUUAGGAGGGUCUGCUUCUAAUUUGUUCUUGAUUGCUAUAUGAAGAUGGAGAUUAAACAUCUAUUAUUUCUAUAUCCUUUCGUUAUGUAGUUCUUGCCAAUUUGAGUACACCAAAAUCAAUGCCAGAGACCAAAGCAUUUGGGAUUUUUUUUUCAGCAGGCCCUGUGAUGGGGGAGGCAGUUAA